UGACAAACAAAAUUGUGUAUAAACAACAGCCAAACAAGCGCAGCCAUAACGGCAACGGGAUCGAAUACGAAUAGAGCAAGGAAGAUUCAUUUUAAUUUAAAAUAAAUAAAAUGUCCAUUUCUGAGGACAAGUCAUCCCUUGAGAUAGCUGAGCUACAGCCGUGCCGCGUUUGCAAUGUGCCAUCCACACAAUCCUAUUCGCUUUACAAGCCGCACAUCAUCGCCGGCGAACUGACAACGCUCGGUGCGCUGCUCAGCUACUGCGCUAACUUGCAGGUGCUCGAGGAGGAGCAAUUCCUGCCCACACACAUAUGCAAGCGGUGCGUGGAAUCGCUCACCCAGGUGUACGAUUUCAAGCGUACUGCGCUGCGCACGGACCACGUGCUUAGGAAGCGUAAUGCUCGACUAUCUAGAGCCACCAUAUCCCGAUCUCCAUCGCCGGCGAAUCUUGUCGAUGUUGAGGCUGAGCCUGUGUCUGAGCCUGAACCUGAGGCUGAAGCUGAGGCGAAUGCUGUCAUGGAAGCGGCGAGUGCGGAUGAAUAUGUCUAUGUGCUCGAAGAACCACAAUCACCCGUGAACAGCGUCGCAUCCUCUCAACCAGAUGACGAUCACGAGCCUGCGCCCGACGAAAUGCUGGAUAGCGAAGUGCACUUUGAGGUUAGCGAUCCCACUGUUGAGUUCUUUGAGGUGAACUACAAUCUGCCCGUGGAAUGUGAAAACGACUCGUCAUUGAGUAUCAUACAUGCGGACAUCGAGCUCAAGCUGCGUCCGCAACAGCGCCGUAAGUCCCACAAUCCCGCCCUUCAAUGUCCGAUUUGUGGCAAACAGCUGAGCACCAGUAAUUCAUUCAAAUAUCACAUGCAACUGCACGGCGACAAUCGACCCUUUGUCUGCAGCAUUUGCGGCGAAUCGUUUAAGACACGCAACGCCUAUGAUGGCCACAUAACACUACACAACCCGAACAAUCCCAACAAGUGUACAUUCUGUGGAAAGAUCUACAGACAGGCAUCAUCAUUGCGCUCGCACCUGUUCAGCCACAGCGGCGUCAAGCCCUUCACUUGCGACAUCUGCGGCAAGGGAUUGACCCAAAAGUCUGGCUACAAAAAACAUAUGCUCACCCAUACGGGUGAGAAGCCGCAUACCUGUGACACCUGCGGACGCAAUUUCCGCUACUCAAGCAACCUGAUCGCGCACAAGCGCUCCCACACACGAAAAACCCCCACCAAUCCGAAGCCAGCGGGCAACAAAAAGACAAAAAGUCAAAAGGCGACCCAAACGUGAACCGGCCCAAACGGUUCGCCUGGCCACACCCCACACACACACACACACACACACACGCGCACAUGUUCACACACACACACACACACACACACACAACACCCAGAGAAUAGAACCUGAUAACACGGCAAAUAAAAGAGCCAUUUGGCAUUUGAAAUAUAA